AACUCCUUUUACCCUUUGCACAUACAUCUCUACUUCUAUUUUAUGACACUUAAUGAAGCGUAUUAAAUUCUGAACCUACCUUUUUUCAAGGAAUUCAAGUACUCUACCACGUUUGCAUUUAAAUAUUAACUCCCCACUCUCUCUCUCUCUCUCUAUAAAAACUACCCCCACCAUCAUCACUCCUUUAAUUUGUGCCAGCGCUUUGCUUUGCAUUCAAUAACUUGCUGCAGUUAGAGAUAAUGGCGACAACACCGGCUGACAAAUCCCUCCGCCUCCCACCCCUCAAACCUCACAAGCUCUUCUUCCUAUCCCAGAUUUCCCUUAGGGCUUUCGCCGGCGCUGCCACGCUCGCCGCCGCAUGGAUCAUGCUCACCGCCAAACAAACCUCCGUCGUCUUCGGCAUCCAGGUCCACGCCCGAUACAGUUACUCCCCCACUUUCAAGUUUUUCGCCUACACAAAUCUGAUCGUGUGUGGCUCCACAAUCCUGUCGCUGUUGGUGGCGUACAAGGCAGUGGAUCCGGCUUACUAUUUCUACGUGUUCGUGCAUGAUCUGAUGGUGACGGUGCUGCUGAUGGCCGGGUGCGCGGCGGCGACGGCGGUGGGGUACGUGGGGAAAUACGGCAACAGCCACGCGGGAUGGGUGGGGAUCUGCGGCUACUUCGGCAAAUUCUGCAGCAAGGCCACUGCUGCUUCAUCCAUUUCCUAUUUGGCUCUUGUUGCGUACCUCAUUCUCACCGUCGUCUCCGCCAACAAGUCGCGCCACCAAAUCGGAGUUUGAUAAUUUAAUUACCACAUAAUUAUAUAUAAUUUCAACUCUUCAGUAGAUCAUGUGUUACUACUAAUUAACAUAUAGUAUAUAGUAUAUAUAUAUGUAGUUCAUUUCUGAUGCUAAUGUUAACUAGCUUAGUGUUUAGACCCACGUGUUGUGUGUGUUGUGUUGUCCCAACAAACAUGAGAUAUAUGGAAUGGAAUUAUCUGCUCUACAA